AUGAACUUCCCGACCACCAUGCAGUCCUGGUUCAAGCUGCCCGACUGUCGCUCGCCGCACAAUCUCGCAUCGCUGCCCAGGGAUUUGCUGCUCGAGAUCGCUGGCGCUCUUGAUUCUCGCACAGAUCUCUUGAGCUUAAGCCUGACGUCGAAGAAUGCGUACAGCAACCUCACGUCUAUGCUGUACUCGACGCUGGUGCUCAACUCUGUCGAGCAAUGUGUUACGACCCUCGGCAUGCUUGAACGACGGCCGGACAUCGCGAGGCAUAUCCUGAAACUAGUAAUAAAGCCAGAGGCCAAGAGUGGCACGCAACGGCCCCGAUUCCAUGAAGGCUUGGCCUCUGCUGCUGUGCGUUCAAUCGCGAUGUCGACACACCUCGACGCACUCCGCACGUUUGUGUGGGACGGCGAGGAGAUGCCUGGGAACGAUGACAUGUGGUUCGCGCUUCGCAUGUUUUGUCCUAGGUUGCGCUCCAUUCACACCACAAUUGGAUCUAUCUUACCCAGUGUUAACAGCCAUCUCUUCGACUUCGUGGAUUUGGCGGGCUUCUCCCUAACUCUGAAACCCGGAUUCUAUGAUAAUCACGUCGAUAUGUUCCUAGACGAGGACCAACCAGCAUCUAGGAAAUUCUGGGACAUGCUCAUUAACCGAUGUCCGAACUUAGAAGAACUAUCAAUAGACGGCAUAUCCACCCUUCCCACGGACGCUCACAGCCUGGUGAAAGGACGUUGGCCCAAGCUACGCAAACUUAAUCUGGGCGACGUGACUGUCGACUGGCGGCCAAUGUCUGCUUCCGAAAAACGACCAUUUAUAUCCUUCCUCGAGGAACAUAACUCUCUUCGCAGCCUUAGCCUAUCUCGACAUAAUAUUCAACCCAGCUACUUCGCUACCAACCCCAUUGCCUUCACGCAUCUCACCGAUUUCUCCGGUACUCUCGAACAGCUGCAGGCACUCCCCCAUCUACAUGCUUCUCUCAAAUCUGUAACUUUUCGGGAUCCGAUGCAGACCCGGGAGUUGACACCACUGGCGGUUGUGAGUGUGUUGCAGAGCAUGACGGCCCUGACGAAUCUGCGAAUCUCCUUCGUGCUCCAUUCAAUGUAUGAUAGCGGCAGUCUGCUUCGUUCCCUCAUCCAGUCGUGCCCCCACCUUCGACACCUAGAUCUUACAUGCGCCCACAAGCCUUCCUUUCACCUAGACUCGUUUGCAAAAACUAUUCGUAGCUUCCCAAAGCUUCGAUCGCUGCAUCUAACUAUCGUCAAGUACCCGGGCGACGAAGACAUUUCCGCCGGUGCGGCCCGGAUUGCUUCCACCAAUCCGCGAUUGGAGAAGUUUACGUUGACCUUUGUACCGCCGACACAUCCCCUUCCACUACCAUUUUCGUUUCCAUUGUUCCGAAUGCUUCCCCCGGCGGAGGCAAGGGGAAGCUACAAGCUCACAUGCGACCAUCAUGGCCUCCCACUCAGCCUCGCCGCCCAUGAACACCGCAGUCGUGUUUGGCCAUGGGGUCUAGGGGUGUCUUUGAGCACGAAGAAUUAUGUGCGCUACCUUCGACCACCCGGCUACCCUGAAAGAGCGAGAUCAGUUCUUGAUUUGGUCUUCGAGCGCUCAUCGGCAGGCGAAGAGAUGAGGAUGUUUUUGUUUUGCGGGAUGUUGUUGGGAUUAUCAAUUUGGGGUUUCUUGGUGAGCGCACGGGUUGGAUAA